AUGAUUGUGGAUUAUUCAAAUACCUAUGCAUCUAAUAAAAACCAAACACUUCAAAUUGAUAUAAAUGAACUGAAGUGUUUUUUAGGUAUCUUGUUGUUAUCAGGUUAUAAUGAAGUAUCACGAAGACGUAUGUACUGGGAAAAAUCACCAGAUACACAUAACAACUUGGUGUCAGAUGCAAUGCGACGAAAUCGCUUUGAGCAAAUUUUUUCAAACAUUCAUUUCUGUGAUAAUAGUAAGCUUGAUGAGCAUGAUAAAUUUUCCAAAAUAAGACCAUUAAUUUCUAUGCUGAAUUCAAGAUUUUUGAUACACGCACCACACCAACAAUUUCAUAGUAUAGAUGAAUCAAUGGUUCCUUACUUCGGCAGACACGGUUGCAAACAGUUUAUAAGGGGCAAGCCUAUUCGUUUUGGUUUCAAAAUUUGGAUUGGGACACUAAGAUUAGGCUAUGUGGUCUGGAUAUCUCCCUACCAAGGCAAAAGGGGUGAUCUUCAAAAUACUGAGUAUGGUUUGGGUGCAUCAGUUAUCAUUUCGUAUGCAAAUAAUUUAUUGACACACCGUAUAGCUCCAUACCAUUUGGUGUUUGAUAAUUUCUUCACUGGUUUACCUUUAUUAGAAAAGUUAAGUGAAAUGGGUUUGUAUGGAACAGGGACAAUACGUUCAAAUAGAACAAAGAAAUGCCCAAUCAACUUGGUUGCAAUGAAAAAAAUAAAAAGAGGUUCAUAUGAAAGUUAUGUUUCCGAUUCUGGUAUUUUGGUAUGUGCAUGGAAGGACAAUAGCACUGUUACCAUAGCAUCCAAUAAUGUCGGAGUUGAGCCAAUCAUGGCUGCAAAAAGAUGGUCUGUUUCAGACAAAAGAAGUAUAAGAAUACCACAACCAAAAAUUAUACAUUUGUACAACCAAAAUAUGGGUGGUGUUGAUCGUAUGGAUCAAAACGUUUCUCAGUAUCGUAUUUCUAUUCGUGGUAAGAAAUGGUAUUCAUGUAUAGUAUUGUACUGUAUUGAUUUGGCUGUAUAA